AUGUCGACAGUUGAAGAAGGAGGAGGCAGCGAUUGUACUUUGUGCCCGUCGGAUCGUUCGGAAAAUGUAUUUCGCUUGAUUCGACCUGUGAAGAGUUUUUCUUCGGAAAGGAGUUCGACCACGAAAUUUGUAAAAUACAUCAAUCCAGCUGCCUACAUCGAACGAAAUAUCGAAGCGGCAAUGCAAGACUUUUCCGACAGCGAUGAGAUGAGCACUUUAGACGACAUUGAGAACAUCGAAUAUGAAGACGAGCAUCCGCAAGACGCGAGAAUUACCAUUUGUCGCAUUCAGGAGAACAAUGAGAGGCAGCAAGAGCGACAAAGAAAGUACGAGGAAUGGUUAAGAAACAAAAGGAGAAUCGCGUUUGAACGUCAUUUGAGGAUGAAAGCAAUGGAAGAACGAGAACAACGUAAUCUUCAGUUGAAAAAUCAAAUUUCACGGGAAAAAGUGAUGGAAUGGAUGUCAAAAAAGAGUAAUUCGUCAGUGAAAUCGAAUCAAAGUGAGACGGAAGGAAGUUCGAAUAAAGUUAAAACGUUGCUGGUCAAGAAAAAAAGUGAUAAGGAAUUGAAUUUUGAGGCGUGGCUUAAAAAGAAGGAAAAACAGGAAAUUCUCGCACUUGAACGCCAAAAACACGAAGAGCACAUCCAAGCACAAAACGAGGACUACCGCAAAUUAUUAGCAAACGCUUUCUACAACAAAUGGAUGCACCUUUCGCACGGAAAACCUCGACCCGUUCCCCUAAAUCAGGGUUUCGCAAGUUUGGCAGGCUCAACAUCGAACCUUUAUGUGAAUCCGCAACCAUGGAAUCAUAUUUAA